UGACGUUUGCGUAGCACGUGAGUGACGCCGCUCGCGAUCGUUCUCGAUCGUUUGUCGUAAGUCGCAAGUUUCGCGCAGUUUCGCAUGCGCCACUUGACUGUGUUAACCUGUUUUGAUCAUCGAAUUCGGAGAAACAAUCGCAUCGCUAUUGCGUCAUAGUUGUCGAUAGAUCAAGAGGGCAAAAGGAAAUUAAAGGAUCAAGAUGUUGUUGGCAGCGAGAAUCUGCCGAGCUAGUGUCUCGCCAGGUUUGACAUCGUUCGUCAGGACUCCGGUUGUUUCGACGACGCCGCGUUUAUCUAAGGGUCAAAUUGCGAGACUAUUCGUUAGCGAUGGACGCAGUUCUUAUACGAGGACCGCGAGAAGAAGAACCACCGUAACAGAACAAGCGAUGGAACCGGCUGGUGAAACCGCAUUUAACAUUGGAAAAGGAGCAGUUGCCGGAGGAGCGAUAAUAGGAUUAGGUGCUCUUUGUUAUUAUGGAUUGGGUCUUUCUUCACAAGCAGGUGCCAUAGAUCAGGCAAGCUUAUGGCCACAAUAUGUGAAAGACAGAGUGAAAUCUACUUACAUGUACUUCGGUGGUUCCAUCAUGGUCAGUGCAGCAUCCGCGGCUAUGUGCUUACAUUCUCCCGCCAUCAUGAACAUGAUGAUGCGUCAGGGAUGGAUCGCUCUAGGCGUAACAUUGGCCGCAAUGAUCGGCAGCGGCAUGAUUGUACAGGGACUUCCAUAUAAAGAAGGAUUCGGUGCUAAGCAGAUAGCUUGGUUGGUGCAUACUGGUAUCGUGGGCGCUGUUUUGGCACCUUUAUCUCUCCUGGGUGGACCGUUGGUCCUCCGAGCGGCUUGGUAUACUGCCGGUGUCGUUGGUGGUUUGUCAGCUGUUGCCAUUUGCGCGCCUAGCGAUAAAUUCCUGGCAAUGGGUGGUCCGCUCGCUAUCGGUUUAGGUGUGGUAUUUGUUAGUUCGCUGGGUACCAUGUUUCUUCCACCUACGACCGUCCUCGGCUCAGGAUUGCAUUCCAUGGCGUUGUAUGGCGGUCUUCUGUUGUUCUCCGGAUUCCUACUUUAUGACACACAAAGGAUCAUCAAGCAGGCGGAAACAUACCCGACGUACAACCAUCAAGGCAGGCCGUACGAUCCGAUUAAUAACGCAAUCUCGAUUUAUUUGGACACUAUUAACAUCUUUGUGCGAAUUCUAUCCAUAUUGGCCGGUGGUGGUACCAAUAGACGUAAAUAGAGGAAUAUAAAAUUCAAUAGCUAAUGAUGAGUGAUAUUAUGAGCAUAAAAAAUAAUUUAUAAAUUAUUAUAUAAUAUUUUAGUUUAAUCAUAAUAUUCAAUUUAAUAACGAUUAUAAAUUGUACAGUUUUAAAUCAAGAUAAAUAAAUUUAAAUAUUUCAA